AGGGAAGCUUCCCUGUAAUAGGUAGAAAGUUAGAGGAAAGAGGACUGGUCCAAUUGUUCCUUUCGCCAAGCGCGGAAAAUCUUUGACUAAUUCAAUUGCUCAUCGCAAAAGCGCGUAAAAUAAUUUUCCACGAUGCUUCCACCAUAAAAUAAUUACCCAUCCAAACACCAGAAUGCUUCACAAAUAGAGAUCGAACUAAUCAAUUGAGUAAAUAUUUCCUUCCUUUCCACUUACUUCUCUACAAUGUUAUCCUACAUUACGGGUCUAGCGUUGUUGGCUCUAGCAUGGUUGGCUGAAGGGUUUCUGCAAGGAUGUGGUGGAGAGAUUGCCUCACUGAUUUCGUCCUGGAUUAGACGAUGGUGGGACUUGCUUUUCCCUUCAUCUUCAGGAAUUUCAGAUUCGCCCCAAAACCUAGUGGGUAUGGAUGUUCGAUUACGGGAGUUGAAGGCACGACUAUUCAGAGAGAAUGUUAGGAAUCUGGGAGUGAGAGCAAUGGGUGGCAGUGGCAAAACAACCUUGGCAACCGCUCUGUGCAGUGAUUCUCAAGUCAAAGAACGAUUUGGAAACAAGAUUAUUUAUUGCAAAGUUUCAGACUUCUCAAAAACCAAAGAUAUUCUCGAGAGCAUAUGGGCGGGGAUUACGAAAUCUACACUUAAAUUUCAGAGCAUUCAAGAUGCUCGUAAAGAGAUUCAGAAAUGGCUUAGUAGCAGACAAACACAAAACAUUUUGGUUGUGUUAGAUGAUAUAUGGCUCGAUGACGGUCAUCUUAGACAUUUGUUAUUUGAAGCAAAUGGAUACAAGACUGUUGUUAUGUCCAGGGACAAUGUUAAAGGGCUCGAUGACACUUACGAAUUGCCUUUGCUUGAAGAGAAUGAUGCUCUAUCCCUCUUUUGCUAUCAUGCUUUUGAUAAAAAAAGCAUUCCGGAAAGAGGAUAUGACAAGAUAUUAGUCCAACAGGUAGCAAAAGCAUGUCAAGGGUUACCGCUUGCAUUGGAGGUGAUUGGGGUUUCUCUACAUAAUGAGGAAAAUGAGGAUGAAUGGAAAUAUGCUCUAAAAAAGCUUUCAGAAGGAGGAUCCAUUAAUAAAAAAUAUGAAGAUGAUGUUCUCAAGAUCCUAGCAUUAAGCAUAGAUAGGCUUGAUAAGAUUGAUAAUAUAAUAAAACAAUGUUUUUUGGACUUGAUAUUGUUUCCUGGAAUGAAAGAAAUCCAUGUGGAUACCUUGUUUGAUAUUUGGAUUUACACUCACAACUUAACCUUGGUUGAAGCCCGUACAAAUCUAAAAAGAUUGGAGCAACGAAGGUUAUUGAGAUUGGUAAAUCAUGAUAUUGGAGAUCAUCAUGAGAUUAGUCAUGGCAGUGCUUGCGAGCUGUAUAUAGUUCAACAUGAUAUCUUGCGAAAUUUAGCUAUUUAUUGGGUGAACAACAACCCAUCUAAAGACACAUGCAAGAGGUUAAUCUUAGAUCCACUUUGUAGCUGGGAAAGGUGUGAGAAUAUUGAAGCCGCUAAGAUUAUUGCUAUCCGCACAGAUCUAAAGAAUGAGAAUCAAUGGCCAAAAUUGAAGUUUCCAAAUGCAUUGGCUCUUAUAUUAAUAUUUACUGGAAAUGAAUGUCUUCUUCCUACAUUUUUGAAGACAAUGCCUAAAUUGAAAGUUCUCAUCAUAAUCAACCAAAAUUCCUUUCGCACUAAACUUGAUGGCAUGUCAGCCUUUAGUUCUUUGAAAAAGCUGAAGAGCCUUAGGCUUAUAAAAAUGAAUGUUCCUAUUCUUCAAAAUCAUUGUCAAUCUUUUAAAAAAAGUUUGAGGAAGCUAUCAUUGUGUCUUUGCAGCGGUGAUAAUGCAGAAUUAAACAUAGAAGUAUGUUCAGAGCUACAUAAUCUUGAAGAGAUUAGUAUUGACUGUUGUGUGAACAUCAAGGAAUUUCCGGUUGGCAUUUGUAAUUUAACUUCCCUCAAGAGAUUGACCAUCACAAACUAUCAUGAGCUUCAAAAAAUACCUGACAAUCUUGGGAAGCUUGCAGCGUCCCUAGAAGAGUUGACAUUAUAUGCUUGCGCCACUUGGAGAGAACUGCCAGCCUCGAUUUGUAAGCUUGAAAAAUUAGAGCUUCUUGAUCUUUCAAAGUGUUAUCACUUGGAGAGGCUUCCAUAUCAAGUUGGUAAUUUACACAAUCUCCGAUCUCUUAGCAUAAGGGAGUGUGGAAAAAUUAAGCAACUUCCUCAAUCAGCUAGCAGGCUUACAUCUUUGAGGCAUUUGAUCUGUGACACGCAAUUCGAAAAUCAAUGUUCAAGCCUGUUGGAGUCCAAUUCUAAUCUUAAAAUAAGUGGCGUAGAACCAGAACACCAUGUAAGAUGGUUGGACCGAUAAAUUUGCUCCAGCAAUCGGUAAACUCUUAGCAGAAAUGUUUGACAUUUAUUGUAAUGUAUUAGGCUCAUUAUUUUCGCAAUUGUAUUUUUUAAUUUUCUGUAUUGUAGCUGGAUUAUUAGUGAAUAUAAUUGCGCGUCAUAAUGAAACUCUAUAUAGCACAUACUCUGACCCUUAUUCUUUGAAAGACACUUUGAAGCUCUUGUAUA